CUCUGAUUGUCACGUCGCGCGACGAGCUCAGUGCCGUUUUCUUUACCCCGAUGCUCAGCACGUUAAAUCCUCAUCGCGAUUGGAGCUGAGCGCAGCUGAGAUGCCGAAUGAAUCGUUCCUGUAUGAGCCCCUGCGCAUAUAUUCCGUCACUGGCGCCUAAAGACUCGCAAUACGUGUUCCAUGGGCCCGGGAGAGCUCGUGGCUUAUUCCUGUAGACACUGAUCCAGAGCGUAGAUCGUCCCUUGACGCAAAGUAUAUGUUAUGGGAUGCAUUCCAGAUAUAAGAGAACCUACAUCGGCUUUCCAUUGACCAGCGGCCAUAAUCUUGGUUGUGUCAACCGUUGCACUUUCACUAUUUUUGUUCAGAAUGGACACUAUGACCACGCGAUCCGUUACCUUGGAUUCACUCCAGUCUCAACAGGCUGCCUUCGUGGCCAUCGCGAGCUUCACCGUUCUGUGUUGGGAUCACAUGAUCACCUUUUCGGACGAGGUAGCUUUCAUAUGGUGUAAACGCAAAGGGCCUCUCGGGUACCUCUUUCUGCUGAAUCGAUAUAUCACGCCUCUGGGAUUUGUCGUCAACAUUGUCGCAUUGACCCUCCCCACUUGGUCCACAGAGAGAUGCCGAAAUUUUGUGAGAUACGAAGGAGCUAUGGCCACCAUCGGUGUCAGCAUAGCGCAACUGAUGAUGUUACCGCGUAUUCAUGUUUUGUAUGGGAUGCGCAGACUUGUUACUGCGAUCCCGGGUCUCCUCUUUUUAGUCUGGGUUGCACUCGAGGCGUUUGUCAUGGCUCGUGGUGAAAUGGUUCCCCUCGCUCAACAGGUACACUCAUGCCGUGAGGUAUAUAACUUGCCGCUGACACUCUCUGCUGCUCGGUCAUGGAUGCCUUUGACAUACGACUUAGUCGUCUUUGCCAUGACCCUAUGGCGCACCUUACCCGGCAUCUGUAAUGGAUCAGCCGGACGAAUCUUGCACACACUUCUACAAGAUGGUACAUUGUACUAUAGUAGUAUCAUUUGCUCUGGCAACCUGGUAUUGACUGUGAUGAUCGUACGAGCGCCCCCGGGUCAAAAGGGUAUUGCUGCUCAAUUGAUCUUCUUGUGAGUUUCCAGUUAAUGGUUCCGCUGCCAUACUGAAUGGCUCUGUGAUCUCGUUAUUAGGUUGACGGUAAGUUGACGAACACGCAAAAAAAAUCAUUCUUGACUGAUGUUUUUCUCUUACUGCAGGUUGUCAUGACGUCGCGCGUCACAAUAAAUCUUAAAAAACAGACUCAGAUACUGACGAUUAAUAUCUCCAGUGACCAGCACCGAUAUUAUUCUAGUCACUCUCCUGCUCUGUCACCUACGUCACCUACCCUGCCAAAGGCUGCAUACUUAUUUGGACCCCGGCAGACGCUACAUCCACAGCUACAAUCACAAUGCUCAACGGUUGUCUCAGACUCCCCUACGCUAUCCAUCUCAAUUGCACAUGACUUCACGGACCAUGCUCGAUAUAUAAGAGGUAGUUUAUCGACAAAUAGGACUUGUGCUGACAUAGAGUCUCAAUUGACGC